GUAACCCACAACAUCAACAACAGUACGAAUACGGCACAUCGUCUUGACCACCAACCACAACAACACUGCCGAAUGUGCAUCGCUACUCAAUUCUUAGCAUCAUACGACCAUCUCGAGAGUCACGUCAAUCUGCAGCACUUUGCUGCGCCCAAAUCCCAUCAUGGAUAUCUCUGAAGAGAACUCGGUAGGACCUCGCCGUCGCAAACCUCAACAUGCGCCACCUCGCUGACUUGAUUCAAACAGUUUCUGCGCGAGUCGCGUAUAGGUCGACCACCGAAUCCAAGUUGUCUACCUACGCCAGCGAAAGCCCUCAACGAGAUAUCCGAAUCCGAAAGCAACACGCGUGCAAAGAUGCCCGUUUCGAGACUGCCACCACCACCGAGCACCGCCUCCAAGCAUCGAUUGAACCAUUGUAGGUCUUCGCAGACAAUGGCAGUUACAAUACGAAAUGGAGCUGACCAUCACAGAUGAACAGCCGGAACCUAAACGCAAAACAUUGGCUGAGAGAGCCGCAGAGCCCGGUUCAGCAUCACUACACAAAGCACUACCUGCUCCCUCUACCAUUUCCGGUGUCCGAACGACUUCCCUCGUAAGUAUAAUUACUUUCAUAAGUACUACAGCAUUCAUACCUCGAAAUGGGGCAUUCGUAGGAUUCUGAGCUAUACACACAGCGGCGGCACCCACUACUUCUGCCCCCUUUGAAGUUGGCGCAAAUAUUACCCCAGAUUUGAGCUUUGUCUGGAUACAUGAGCAAUUUGCUCCCUAGUCUCGGAAGCCCAGCCUUACUGUGUGCACAUCCACAGCACUUUUCAUGAUUGCACUUUUGCUGGUCAUGAUACGAGUCGCUGGUUUCCUGCACAAGCCCCAUUAUCUUGGCAGCAUUUGACUAUUACCCCUCCUCAGCCUGCAUUCACUCCCAUCGCGCCUUCAUCAUUUCGUUUUAUGUUGAACAUUCGUGAGGGGAUGUUACCCUGAGUUGGGGUAGUCAAUACGGAAGCCACGCUUCUUCCAAUCCGUCAAGUUGGGUUCCAACAUCGAGCAUCCAAAAGCCAUUCAAGUUUCAGUGAAACCUUGCCUCCAUUUCCGAGCUAUUGCCUGCAUUUGUUUUGAAUGUUCAUUUGCUAAUAAACAACUUUUCAGAAGAGUGUCGCUUCAUCCGGCUACGGCUCACAAAAUCCCUCUCGUGGAAAAUCUCUUAAUCGGAAGGCCUCACGACCCGACUUUUCGAAGAGUGUUGGUCCUGGACAUCACCGCUCUGCCUCAGCGGCUCCUCGGGCAAACGUCUUUAGCCAAUCUACAACCUCCAGACCACCAUCACAGGCCCUUACCAGAACUCGACAUGCUCCCUCGGCAAACAACCAGAUGGAGGGGGACGCGUAUCGAAAGGGUACGUCAGCAGCUUUUUCAAAUAAUGAGUUGCAAGCACAGUAUUCAGAAUCCGAUUGGUCUCAACGCUCCGUUAGCAAUGCCACAGACAGCUCCGUUAGUUCGGCAUUGGCACGGCUCCGAAUUGACAGCGACGACGAUGGUUAUCGUUCAGAUGACGAUCGAGCGAUUAGGGAAACGGCCAGGCGAACCGCCAGACCAUCCUUGUCUACAAGAUCUUCAUUAAGCAAUGGAUUUCAGGGUCUGAGAGGAGGCAGCGAGACAGCACUUGUGUUGUUUGGGCAGCCUGAGGACAGCUUAGUUGCUUUCAAUCCAAAGACGCCUUCUCAGAUUCCAGUUCCAAUCAAGAGGCGGGAGAUAGAAUAUACCCCUCAAACCCCAUCCCGAGUUUCAAAGGAUCGAUUUAAGCAAACUCAUAUGAAAAGACAUUCUAACAUUGGUUUUGUAGCAUGGGGUCCAGAAGACAUCGACAACCGAAUGAACGACAUGGAUGCGAUGUUCAAGCAGAUGAAGGAAGCAAAAGAAGCCAUGUCACAGGAACAAAGUAAUCACGAACGCAUGGUUAAUGGCUAUUCAACGCAAAGUAAGUGGUUAUAAACCCCCUCUAUACAUCCUUUUGCUGACAACUCAUCCGAUUAGUCCUUGAUCUAAACAUGAACAACCAAAAACUGACUUCAGAGAAUAAAAUGCUACACUCACAAAAUGACCUUUUGCAUGAAAAGGCAGUAGGGCUUGAACGAAAACUUCAAACAGUAACUUCGGAACUUGAUGAUAAAGUUAGACAAAACCGCAACGCUGAAGAGGAAUUCGAGCGAACAAGUCGAAACGAAUUGGAAAGACUCCGCCGCGAUCACACUGACGAGUCGGAACGCCUCGCACGAAUACACCGCGAUGAGAUCAAAGAUAUCGAGCGUCGAGCAGCUUUGGAGCUUGAGGACACGACACGUGCUCUGGAGAAGAAGUUUGAAAGUACUCUCGAAGAAGAGCGGAGCCGCCAAGCACAGUUGGUACAAGAGCUCGAAGUAAAGAUCGCAAAGGGCGACGAGAAUUCGCAUGUGGUUUUGGAGAACAAGGAUCGUGAAAUCCAGAGUCUGCAGAAUGAUCUUCAAGCCCUUCGGUUGGACCUAGAUCAGGAGCGUCAUCUAAAGAGCGAAGCCCAAAUAAACCUCACAGCAGCGCGAGAGACGAUGCAGAAGAGAGCGAUGGAAGCAGCAGAUACCAUUCAUGCACAAGAAAGUACCCUUGCCAGUCUUCGUGCUAGGAUUUUGUUCCUUGAGUCCGGCAGCAAAGCUCAAUCCGACAGUUUCGCAGAGAUGGAGGAGAGACUGCAACAAGCCAAUCGAAAGGCGGAAGAGUGCCAAGCUAAACUCAUCAAGGAAGAAACAAUUCGCCGAAUUCUUUUCAAUGCGGUUCAAGAAUUGAAAGGAAACAUUCGAGUUAUGGCCAGAAUGCGACCAGCCGGGAACGCGGAUGGUGAAGUGGCCCAGAUCCAAUUUCCCGAUGCUGACAAGGAGUCAAAGGAGCUUGAGAUCAUAGGCAAGGAGGAAAAGAGCAGUCUUGGGACAAUCACGAAGAAGACCCAUUCUUUCUCCUUCGACCGAAUGUUUGGGCCUUCGACCACCAACGAGGAAGUCUUUGCCGAGAUCCAGCAACUCGUACAGAGCGCACUUGAUGGCUACAACGUUUCUAUCUUCGCAUAUGGUCAAACUGGUUCCGGCAAGACACACACCAUGUCGUCAGCCGACGGUAUGAUUCCUCGUGCGACGCAUCAAAUCUACGAGACAGCACGCAACCUUGAGGAGAAGGGAUGGAAAUAUGCCAUGGAGGGGUCUUUUAUUGAGGUGUAUAACGAAGAGAUACACGACCUUCUUUCCAGCUCAAAAGAUUCCGAGAAGAAGAAGCAUGAGAUCCGCCAUGACGACCAGAAGAAGCAGACAAUUGUUACGGGCAUCAAGACGGUCCCCAUGACCUCGGUCGACACUGUGGAGAUGAUUCUGAAGCAGGCGGAUUCCAACCGACGGGUCGCGGCAACCAAAUCCAACGAGCGAUCCUCCCGUUCCCAUUCCGUCUUCAUGCUCAAGCUCGUCGGCCAUAACAGCACGACUGGUGAAACCUCUGAGGGCACUCUUAACUUGGUUGACUUGGCUGGUUCCGAAAGACUCAAGUCAUCAGGGGCCGAGGGUGACAGGAAAAAGGAGACACAAAAUAUCAACAAGAGUUUGAGCUGCUUGGGUGAUGUUAUCGCAGCCUUGGGACAAGGAAAGGAGGGCAGUCACAUCCCCUACCGCAACUCAAAGGUAGGCACAAUCAUCCCUCACCACAUUCAAUGCUAACAAGAAUAGUUGACCCACUUGCUCCAAUACUCACUUGGGGGCAACUCGAAGACCCUCAUGUUUGUCAUGGCGAGUCCAAUGCAGGCACACUUGACAGAAACUUUGACGAGUUUGAAAUUCGCCACUAAGGUAAUUACCUCACAUCCUUCAUGCGUGAUUGCGUUCUAAGACUUUCUAGGUUCACAACACCCACAUUGGAACGGCGAAGAAAUCGACCAAAGUGAAAAACUAGUGAUCAAAAGUAAGAGCAAACGUGUUCGUCCUUGUAUUUAGCGUAUCGUCGUUUUUGAUCGAUUUUCUGGCGUUGGGGGGGAUUUGCAUAAGAUCUGUCAUCCUCGGUCAUGGAGAUGGUCUAUGGUACUUGGAUGACGGAUUUUGCUGGAGUUGUUUGGAGUAUUUAUGACAAGGAAGGAUACAUUCUGUCA